CUGCUACCGGUCGCGUAUCAUCAGUUCCCCUAUCCACUCCAUCAUUCUGCAACGCAUGUUUGAGAGAUGUGGCCUUAUAACGAUUGCCUGAAACCAUCCAUUCCGUGGUAGAGCAUCACGUUGGUCUGUCUACGACUGCCGAACAUAUCCAUUUAAGCUCCUGUCUUCUCUCCAACAGACUUGGCCGCGACGUGGAAUCCUUCCCAAACCUGUCAUGCGACCAUGCGCAAAUAUUGCACAGUGUAUGAACGAGAGACAUGGCUGAGUAUGUCACUCGAUGGGGCGGCCCUCGUUGCUGUUGGGAUAGAAGAGAAGCAGUCAUUCCAUCAGAUUCUUGAUUCGUGUCCGCAGGUCGUUCUUUAUAUAUCAAAGUCAUUCUUCACAUGUUAUCAUUCCAAGCCAGAACCAUGAGACUUGCAAUCGUCUUAACCGCUCUGGCCAUCACCGUGGCCGCCAUUCCUGCUCCUCGGCGAGGUCGUCCUCUUCUGUUCAAUGACUUCGGAACUACUGCUCCUCCACAGAAUACACCGCCCGUGGGUGUAGAUAAUCCACAGAACGGUGUAGACGCCCAGGAUACAAACAACGAUGCGAAUGCCCAAAACGCAGCCGCGAACGACCAGCAGCCCCCUAAAAACAACAACAAUGGAGGAGGCACAAUCGAUCUGGCACUCAUCCCGGACUUCGGCAUAACCGCCGGAAAUCCGCUUCCUGGUACCAGCGACUGCAUCGGCUCAGUGCCCGGUGUGCCCAUACCGUGCACAUGUCCACCCUCAAAAGAAGCCUUCGCCGCCAAGUUACAGGAGUUUUUGGCCGCGGGCCAGACGCCCGCCGGCGCGGCGGUCAGCUUUCCGGCAGGGAAUAGUAAACAGGACCAGAUUGUCAGAAUUGAUACGGCACUGGUAACGCUGCAGAGUUUUACCGGGCAGCCUGGAGUGGGAUGUCCGGCGAGCAGUACGACGCUGUUGGAGCAGAAAAGAGCUUUGCAGCAGGGGUGAAGGUUGAAUAGUCUCUAUGGACAUUAAGAACCUUUAGAUUGUCUAGUGGAUUGGGGUGAGGCUUAUUGGCGCUACGAUAUAUCCUUUUGUCAUGAUGGUUUCUGAUAUUCUAUGCCUUCUACUUUUCCCCUUGUUCGUUAUCCUCUUUUUCUUUCUGUUCUAUCCGUAGGCGUCUUGCUUCUCUCCAUUGUGGUCCAAACUUCGGUAGCAGCAAUAAAAUCGGGCUUGUGGCAAACAGCACAAGCGAAACAAAUGUAAAACACCACCCUCGUCCCAUCUUCUCUAUCAUCUCAAUGAUAAUGGCUGCACCACCCGCGCCGACAAG